AUACUAUAUAUCACUUCGUUCUCUAAUACUCAUUUUCACAACUUCUCCCUCUUUACCAUAUUAAGAGCAUACAAAUUCAAGCUACCUCUCACACUACUUUCCGUGUUCGUGUUCUAAUUUCUCUCAUAAUUGUCUCAACUUCCCUCCUUCCAUAAUUUUCAUUGGCCUUCUCCAUUUCAGUUUCUUUGAAAGAUGGCAGAACAAAUCCCUUUCAGCAUUGCUGAGGAAAUCUUGACUAAGCUGGGCUCCUUGGUUGCCCAAGAAAUUGGAUUGGCCCGUGGUGUUAGAAAGGAGCUGAAAAGGCUUGAGGACACAUUGACCACCAUCAAAGCUGUGCUUCUGGAUGCUGAGGAGCGGCAGGAGAGGGAACAUGCAGUGGAGGUUUUGGUGAAGAGGUUCAAAGAUGUCAUCUAUGAUGCGGAUGAUUUGCUGGAUGACUUUGCAACCUAUGAAUUGGGGCGAGGAGGAAUGGCAAGACAGGUUAGUCGCUUCUUCUCAUCUUCAAAUCAGGCUGCAUUUCAUUUUAGAAUGGGUCAUAGAAUCAAAGAUAUUAGAGGAAGGCUAGAUGGCAUUGCAAAUGAUAUCUCUAAGUUCAAUUUUAUUCCAAGGGCGACAACUAGCAUGCGGGUAGGGAAUACGGGGAGAGAGACCCACUCUUUUGUGUUGAUGUCUGAAAUUAUAGGAAGGGAUGAAGACAAAGAGAAGAUAAUAGAAAUAUUGUUGCAAUCAAACAAUGAAGAAAAUCUUUCUGUUGUUGCCAUUGUUGGUAUUGGUGGUUUAGGCAAGACCACCUUAGCCCAAUUGGUUUACAAUGAUGAGAAGGUGGAAAACCAUUUUGAACUUAGGUUGUGGGUAUGUGUUUCUGAUGAUUUUGAUGUGAAAAUCAUAGUUAGAAACAUCAUAAAAUCUGCAAAAGAUGAAAAUGUAGAUAACUUGGGGUUGGAACAAUUGAAAGACAAACUUCAUGAAAAAUUAACUCAAAAAAGGUAUUUGUUGGUACUAGAUGAUGUUUGGAAUGAGGACUCUGAAAAGUGGAAUCAAUUGAGGAUUUUGUUGAAAGUUGGUGCUAGGGGAAGUAAAGUUGUAGUGACUACUCGAAACUCUAAAGUUGCAUCAAUUAUGGGAAUUGAUUCCCCAUACGUUUUGGAAGGCUUGAACGAAGGUCAAUCUUGGGCUUUGUUUAAAAGUUUAGCAUUUGGAGAAGAUCAACAAAAUGCACAUCCAAGCCUCUUAAAAAUAGGAGAAGAAAUCACAAAAAUGUGCAAUGGAGUCCCUCUCGUGAUUAGAACUUUAGGAAGAAUUCCUAAAUCUAAAUGGUCGUCCAUAAAAAACAAUAAAAAUCUAAUGUCGCUUCAAGAUGGAAACAACAUAUUAAAGGUACUAAAGUUAAGCUAUGAUAAUUUACCAAGUCAUUUGAAACAAUGUUUUACUUAUUGUGCAUUGUUUCCAAAAGACUAUGCAAUGAAGAAAAAAAUGUUGAUUCAAUUAUGGAUGGCUCAAGGUUACAUUCAACCUUUAGAUGAAAAUGAACAUUUAGAGGAUGUUGGUGAUCAAUAUUUCAAGGAGUUAUUAUCAUGGUCAAUGUUUCAAGAUGUUAAAAUAGAUGAUAACAAUAAUAUAAUAAGUUGCAAAAUGCAUGACCUUAUCCAUGAUCUGGCACAAUUUAUUGUGAAGUCUGAGAUCUUUAUUUUAACAAAUGAUACAAAUGAUGUGAAAACUAUCCCGGAAAGAAUUUAUCAUGUAUCAAUUUUAGGAUGGAGUCAAGGAAUGAAGGUGGUUUCAAAGGGAAAAUCCAUAAGAACCUUAUUUAUGCCAAAUAAUGAUCAUGAUCCCUGUGCUACUUCUAUGGUGAAUUCACUUCUUCUAAAUUGCAAGUGUUUACGAGCGUUAAGCUUAGAUGCGUUGAGGCUUACAGUAUCGCCGAAGUCUGUAAUUAAAUUGCGUCGUUUGAGGUAUCUCGACCUUUCUUGGUGUGACUUUGAGGUACUUCCCAGUGGAAUUACAAGCUUACAAAACCUGCAGACAUUGAAACUCUUCUUCUGUCAUUCUCUUAGAGAAUUGCCAAGAGAUAUGAGAAGCUUGAGGCACCUCGAGAUAGAUUUUUGUGAUACAUUGAAUUAUAUGCCUUGCAAAUUGACUAUGCUUCAGACCCUGCGUCUUGUACAUCUGCAUGCAUUGGAAUACAUGUUCAAAAACUCUUCAUCAGCAGAGCCAUUCCCAUCUCUUAAAACACUCGAGCUGGGUGAGUUACGUUAUUUCAAGGGAUGGUGGAGGGAGAGAGGUGAGCAAGCUCCUUCAUUUCCUUCUCUUUCUCAAUUGUUGAUUAGCAAUUGCGAUCGGUUAACAACCGUCCAACUGCCUUCGUGUCCUUCUCUUUCUAAAUUUGAGAUCCAAUGGUGCAGUGAGUUAACAACCGUCCAACUGCCUUCGUGUCCUUCUCUUUCUAAAUUUGAGAUCAGUCACUGCAAUCAGUUAACAACCGUCCAACUGCCUUCGUGUCCUUCUCUUUCUGAAUUUGAGAUCCAUCGUUGCAAUCAGUUAACAACCGUCCAACUGCCUUCGUGUCCUUCUCUUUCUAAAUUUGAGAUCUCAUGGUCCGAUUACUCAACAGCCGUCCAACUGCUUUCAUCUCCCACCAAAUUAGUUAUUAAUAAUUGUAAAAAUUUCAAAUCCCUGCAACUGUCUUCGUGUUCUUCUCUUUCUGAAUUAGAGAUCUCGUUUUGCGGCUUAACAACCUUCGAACUGUCUUCGUGUCCUCUUUCUCAAUGGCUGAUUAUGAAUUGCGAUCAGUUAACAACCGUCCAACUGCCGGCUUCGUGUCCUUCUCUUUCUAAAUUAGAGAUCCGUUGUUGCAAUCAGUUAACAACCGUCCAACUGCUUUCAUCUCCCACCAAAUUAGUUAUUGAUGAUUGCAGAAGUUUCAAAUCCCUGCAACUGCCUUCGUGUUCUUCUCUUUCUGAAUUAGAGAUCUCGUCUUGCGACUUAACAACCUUCGAACUGUCUUCGUGUCCUUCUCUUUCUACAUUAGAGAUCCGUUGGUGCGAUCAGUUAACAACCGUCCAACUGCUUUCAUCUCCCCACCUUUCUAAAUUAGUUAUUAGCAGUUGCCACAGCUUGAAAUCCUUGCAACUGCCUUCGUGUCCUUCUCUUUCUGAAUUAGAGAUCUCACGGUGCCAUCAGUUAACAACCGUCCAACUGCAACUGCAAGUGCCUUCUUUACCUUGUCUUGAGAAACUAAAGCUGGGUGGUGUCCGUGAAGAGAUACUAUGGCAGAUUAUUUUGGUCUCUUCUUCAUUGAAGUCUCUGCAAAUUUGGAAUAUAAAUGAUCUGGUAUCUCUGCCAGAUGAUCGACUACAACACCUCACCUCUCUCAAGUCUUUGCAAAUCAACUAUUUUCCUGGGCUAAUGUCUUGGUUUGAAGGGAUUCAACAUAUUACCACACUGGAAACUCUCGAAAUUAAUGAUUGUGAUGAUUUCACCACUAUACCAGACUGGAUAAGCAGCCUAACUUCCCUUUCAAAGCUGCAAAUUCGGAGCUGCCCUAGAUUCAAGCUUGAAGAUCGGUCCAAGAUUGCUCAUAUCCGAGAAAUUGACAUCCAAGAUUGCUCAGAGUUGUAAUCUUCAAUUUUCCACUGCUGUAAGGCAGCUGCCAAAAGAAACAUUGUGCAGAUUGGCUUACGAUUGCUCAUGUCCAAACAACUCCUAUUGCCAUUCUAUCAUGCACUGCUGCAUGAAGGAAUUCAACUCUAUUCGGUUCAAGAGUGUCAUCCACAACUUUCAGUGCUUGAAAUCCAAGGAAGAAAAUUUGAGGGAAAACAAUACCUUCAAUGCUUGAGACCAUAUUGGGGAAGCCUGAUUAUUGGUGGGGGUGUCGAUCAUUGGUGUCUGCAAGAAAAUGGGUGGGUCUCUAAACUAUUGGGGUGGCCCAAAACCAAUUUCCAAUAAGGGGAUGAGGAGGCUGAGUCAGUGAUGAGGUUCUACCACUGUAUAGUCAACUUCCUUCUUUACAAUUUUUGAAACUUGAGAAUCCAACUGCAGUGGGGUACAAUCCUCAAUUCCUUGUUUUUCUAAAUCAUAUAUAUCAGAAAAUGCCAUCACUUGACAUAUUUGAAUUUGCCUUCAUCUCCCUAAUUUUCUCAAUUAGAUAUGUAUCACAUAAUGCCAUCACUUGACAUCAUUGAGUUUGCCUUCAUCUCCUUGUCUUUGUAAAUUAGAUGUCAACUAUAGCACUAACUUGACAUCAUUGGCACUACUUUCAUCUCAUGUUUGCUUGCUCCACCUGCUCCACCUGCCCUAUACAAUGCUUAGAUUAGUAAAUAUUGAAAUCCAUCAUCUCUUCAAAGAUAUCAAUUGCUAGUGGACGUUGUUUGCCAAAAUAUCUAGUUAUUUGGUGUCUGUAUUCCACAUGUUUGGAAAAUUUCUUAGAUUAACUAUUUUACUGCAGACAUAAUUGCUAUCAAGUCAAAGAAAAAUAGUACAACAGUGGCUUUGAACACUUCUAUCAAGUAUGCGAGGUCAAAGGUCCAAAUAGCCUAAUUUGCCGUCUCAUAAUCUAUAAUUCUCCAUCCUUAUUUGAAAGAUAUCUAGAAGGCAAAACUGAAGAUUGGGUUCAGGUUCUUGAAAUUGAUGUUGACUAGCAAUGCUACAUGAUAGGUUUCAGGUUUGCAAUUCUACUUGUAUUCCUUUUUUCUGGGUUUACUUUUCAUUAUUUUACAAUUCUAAGAACAUUAUACUCCACUUACACAGUUCUAUCAACUAUAAUCAUUCCUCUCUUUUGCUUUUGAUCAUUUGCUUUCUCUUAUUUAAUUUAUUAAAAAUUGUUAUAACUUGUUUUAGAGGAGAGGUCAAAACAAGGAGAAUUAGUAGAACCAUUCUUCUCAUUCCUGCCAUGAUGAAAAAACUCAAACAAAUGGUGGAGGGGCUACUUACACUGCCAGAACAACAACGUCCUUCAUUCCUGCCACAAUUUCAUUUCUUUCUAUACUCCCUGAGCUGACAUCCAUGCCAUUGCGUGAGUGUCUUGAUGAUCAACAGUAUCUAUACUCCCUUCUUGCGUCACCUUUAAAGUCAAUACAUAUUAAAUGGAUCUGACAUCUCUUCUAGAAAAAUGGUAGCAACACCUCAUGUCUCUCAAUUUUUGGUAAGUACAAUAUAUCUUUAUCUCCUUGUCCAAGUCUAGAUAUCCCAAGUGUAGAUAUUAGUGACUGUGAAUCCUUAUCUUAGGGAAAUUCUGCAAGUCAGAGAUUUUUUGGGAUGAAGAUAGCAUCCAAUUUUUAGGAGUUGAGAAUUUGUGCCAAAUAUGUAUUCCCCUUACCCAAGGUCAGUACCUCCUCUCCCAAGGAGUUCAGCAUAUUGCUGCGUUGAAAGUCAACACUUUAGGACCAUGCUCAUUUUCUGACUUAGGCAUACUAGAUUCAUUUUACAAAUUCAUUCAUCCUUCUGUUCUUGAUUGUUUAUCUCUUCUUAUUCAUUGCUAUCUGAGCUAGGGAAUCUAACUAAGCUGGAGUAGAUGAAGGAGUCUUCAUCAGCAAUGCCAUUCUUCCCUUCUUUUAACGGACUCCAAAUUUUUGAGUUGCUGAAUUGGAAGGAUGGUGGAGAGGUGUAUCACAUAACUUGUCUUUCAGAAUGAGAGAUCAAUGAUUGCCAUAACCUUGACAUCCUUGACAAAAUGUCUUCAUCUUCUUCUCUUUCUUAUUUAGAUUGACAUCCUUUGUCUGUCUUCAUUUCCUUGUCUUGAGGGGCUAUACUUUUGUGAUGUCUAUUGUGGCUGACAAUGUUUGCCUCUUCUUCAUUGAAGAUGCUGGAUAAUCAAAUUUUUCAUUAAGAGGCAAUUUGGUUUUGGGGAGAAGGCAAAACAAGGAGAAUUAGGAAGACUAGUCUUUCCCAUUCUUGAAAGUGCACAAACUUACAAAACGAUGGGUGGAGGGGUAGGCAAAGCAACAACAACAUUUAUUCUCCCUAUGCUUACAUCCAUGCCACUGUAUCUAUGUCUGGAGGAUCUAGAUCUGUACAAUACAACAGUAUCUUCUUCAUUUGCAUUCUUUGUUAGACAAUGAGGAUAAAGAUCACUCACAAUUCCAAGGACUCGAGAGGUUGUGCCAAAUAUGCAUUCAUCUUAUGCAAGGUUGAUGCUCAGUGUGUUACUACACUAGAAAAUCUAACAGUCUGGGAUAGUGCUUUGGUAGACAAAGGUAGGUACUUCACAUCACAGAGUUUGUUAUUGUUCAUUUUUGAGCUUGAAAUCUCUGCCUCAGAGGAUGCCAAAAGGAAGCAAGUGCAGAUUGGCCUAUUGACUUCUUCAUGUCCCAGGAAUCAUAUCCACUAGUCACAGACCGAUUCAUAAAAGACGUCUCUUUUAAUUCUAGUGUACUAUGCAUGGUAUAUUUCAAGACUGCAAUACCAACCGCUUUUCCUACUUUUGAUGUUUGCUUUCUUAUUUUACCAUUAAUCUAUUCCAUUUCUUAUUUUACAAGUUAUGGAAUGAGUAAGUUCACUUACAUCUAUAACUCUCUAUUAUUCAGGUUUGUCAUUCUAACCUUUUGUCACUUGUCAUAAUGUCUUUAUAGCUUAUUACUAGGCAACCAAAUUGAUAAAAAGUAUUAUGCCCAAAUUUCUAUUCUUGUACAUUGGUUCUUCAAGGCAAUAGAACAACAUAUUGAAGUGCAUGAGUUGGCAAAUCUUCAGCUUAAAUGAUGUUCCUAUGUGUAUGCUGAUAUUCAAUCUCUGCUGAGUGUUUCCUCCGGAGUCUUCUUUGUCAUCGCGUUAUGGAUGACUCAUGAAUAUUAUCUUAUGAUUUGCAAGCUCCUACGACAUAUGUCAAACUCAUCAAUGGAAAAUAAUUGAGUUGCAUGUCCUAAAAUCUGGAAGCAUUGAUCAUUUUGACAAGGUGAACUAUACAAGUGGAUUAAGUUUAAUCAAAUCCUUGGGAGCAAUUCUUAGUGGAAGCUGACCUCAUAUUUCAUAACCUUGUCAAGCAUUGUUGAUUUACAAGAAGUCUUUAAACAACUUGUGAAAUAAGAGGGUCAUUGGUCAGAGGAACAAUGGGUUCAAAAUUCUCCUUCAUCUCCCAAAUCAGCCUCAAAGAACCGCUGGGAUUAUUUCUAACUUUGUGGAUCUCCUCACAUGCCAUGAAAGUGCAUCUAGUAUCAACAUCUUGGAGUUUUGGGUCAAAAUGGCCCAUUUUUGAAACUUAAUGUUCAAAAUGGGUACAUUUUGAAACUAUUGUUCAAAAUGACCUCUUUGAUGCCACGUAGGCGCCACAUCAUUAAAAAAUAUUUUUUUUUCGUCAUUAUAGUGAAAGCCGCAGUU